AUGGGCCGGUACAGCAAUGUCAACAACAAGCGUGGCCAGCAGCGCGUCGCCGCCGCCAAACGGCCGCCCAAGCCCCUGGGCGAGUGCCUGUUCGACCGGCUGCCGGCGGAGAUGGUGGCCGUCGUGCUCGGGUUCCUGCCCGUCGGGAGCCUACGGUCGCUCCUUCAUGUCUGCCGUUCGUGGACCUCCAUCAUCGAGUCCGACGAGCCGCUGUGGAGAAGGUGGUGCAUCCAAGAGUUGCCAGUUGCGCUCCGAUCGCCUGAUGACGACCAGACCCUGUGGCGAGCCCACUUCCGUCAAUGCGUGGAGAAGCACAAGGUGUUGGUGUACAAUCUGGCCUUUCAGCCCGAGGAGAUGCAAGUGAGCGGCAGGCAGACGUUGGAGGACCUGAUUCAGCAGCUGCGUGUCAAGCACCCGAAGCUGACAGCAGCGAGUCACGAUUUCUACUUGCGUACUGACGGCGGCGAGUGGAAGCUGCUUGAGGCGGGUACUCCCCUCUACCUGAACGGACUUCGCCGGAGUGGCCUGCGGAUUAGCAUCAGCUCCCACUUUGAUGACGUGGACUUCCACAACCUGGACCGACACUCGAUCGAGGAGCUGCGCAAUGUCUACUACAACUGGGGCUUUCCUGAUCCCGCCUGGACCAAGGAAAAGCUCAUCGCCAACCUCAGCCACGGCAAGCUAUCGCAGUUUGAAGGCCCCUACGCCGACAUCGAUUUUUAG